UGUCGACCGGACAAAAUUCCUCGGGACGACCCGACGCGUUCGCGAACGGAGAGUGCACUCGGGAAGCCAAAACGAAUCACUUUCUCUCGCCGCACUGCAAUGAGAAAACUGUCGAGCGUGUCGGUAGGAAAUCGGGACGAGCUUCGGCAGUCGAGAUGUAUCUGAGGAUAAAACCAGCGCCGACGGUACUCGAAAAGAAUUACGCCGUACUCGACUCGAGAACUCUUUGGACGUUUCUGCCGUUCGAGGAUAAAUCCAUUCCAAGUUCGAGGUGCGCGAAAUCGAGCGAGGCCGAAGCCAGGCGGCAUGCCUUUACGAAGAUCUUCGGAUCAGAAACUUCGCAAGCGGAGAUGUUCGAAGGAUCCAUAAAACAUCGAGUCGCGGAGUUCCUCGGCGGUAAAAGUUCGACCAUCAUGACUUACGGCAUGAGAGAUUCCGGGAAGACUUACACGCUCUUCGGCACGUCCGCGUCGCCCGGUAUAAUAACGCGCAGUAUCGAGCUCGUCUUUUCGGCGAUAAAUUGCACCAUAGCGCCGUGGUGCAAACCAACGUUUCGGGGCACUGUGCACCGCCUGAACAAGGCCGCGCGGGCUUCGGAGACGCGGCGGAGAAUACGAGUGUUGAACAAACGAUCCGCGAUGUUGGCGGAGGCUAGACAAUUUCUGGAGAACUCGCGGCUGGAAAACGCGGAUCCUGAAGAGUGCUGUGGCGAGUCGACGUACACCGUGUGGCUGUCCUUCGCGGAGAUUUACAACGGAAAAGUUUACGAUCUGUUGGACGGCGCGAAAGUGUGCACCCCCUUGAUAUUGUACAAGAACGCCAGAGGGCGAGCUUGCCUUCGCGGUUUUCGAAAGGUCCACGCUAUAACUGCGUUGGAGGCCUGUCAGAUGCUCAUGACGUGCCAAUCGGACACCGUUAAGGCGAGACGGAAUCAUCGAUCGCAUACCAUUUUCACAAUAGAAUUACUAAAAUACCAGAAGGAUCAUGCGGCGGAAAAAGCGACACUUAGCACCUUGACCUUUUGCGAUCUGGCUGGCUCCACGCAGUUCGAAGAAUCAUGUAAGAGCGAAGCGAUCAGCAUCAACAACAGCCUGCUGGUGCUUGGUCAAUGCCUCAAGGCUGUCGGUAAAAAUCAUAAGGCGCCGUUUCGCCAAUCGAAGUUAACGCAAAUAUGUCAGCGAGCCCUCUCGGGUAAAGAAAAUUUGAAUAUCAUAGUGAACGUCGCUUUUCAGCCAAGUCUCUCCGACCAAACGCAGAGCAUUUUUAAGUUUUGUGAUAUAGUCAGGAAGCUACUAGCUAAUGAGGAAUGUAAACAAUCAUGCGAUUUUGGGAGAAUUAUUCAAGAUGCCGUAGUGUCACCGUCACGUACGUUCAAGGCAUCACCAACUAUUCCUCAAAGCUCGUCUGAAACUGCAGGAAGAACUGACUGUAUCGAUUCGGCAGCGCGCAAAAGUAUGCGAGAGCAAAACGAAAAGCUGAAGCAGGAAUUGGAUACUGUGAAAAGUGAUAUGCUACAUGGCGAAUACGCAAUUCAGCAGCAACUAGCCGACCAUUAUUCACAUGUAGUCAAAGAGUUAGGCACGACUUACAAAGAGAAUACCAAGAGAAUCGAAACCGAGAUACAUGGUUUAUUGAAACGGUCUGUAAAACAGGUUGAAAGCUUCUACAAGGAGCGUAUCGACAAUUUGAUGCGGCACAAGAAGGACAACCGAGAAGAUAGAAAUAAUUACGUUCAGGACAAUCAUGCGCUUCACGAAGAACUCAAAGCUGAGAACGCGCGGGUUACUUCUAAGGUUGCGGUCCUGAAAGAAGCAAUGAAGAAACUAAGAAAGGAGAACAAGACGAUUCUUUGCGAAAAGAACAAGUGCAGCUUCGAAUUGGCCUUGAUAACGGAAGAAUUGAAAAAGUUUCGACAGCUCACGCGAGCCGGGAUUCGUAAGUGGGGUGGCAGCGGUGAAAACAUCGGGGACGGCGCCGAUUCUCUUAUGAACAAUCUGGAACGGUUAAUGGAGGACAAAGUAAAAAGAACCGAGGAGAAACUUGAUGAGAUGAAUGAAUACAUCCGUGGAAUGAAAAGCGAGGACCCUGCAAUCGCUUCCGAAACGGCACGGGAAUCAUCGAAAUCGCAAGUUGUCUCGGACGAUGCUGCGAUUAAGGUAGAAGACUUGGAGGAGAAACUUUCGUGCAGUCAGAUUGCAGUAGAGGACAACGUUAAACAGACAGAUUGCGCAGCCUUGAACAAAUGGAACUAUCAAGAGACGUUACAUGUUGCCGAAUUGUCUCAAGAUCUGGAAACUAUCCGAGCUGUGAUUUACGCAUUAAAUUGUGAAGCGACUGGUGCGAACAAAUGUCAGUUGCCGCACAAAGAAGAAGCAUUGGAACAAUUUAUUGAACUAGAAAGUGAAUUUGCAAUCAAACGUGAUGAUUUAUUCAGGAUGAUAGGAAAUAAAAUGCAGGAAUACAAACAUGAAAUUUGUGAGCUACUCCGCAAGCUAGCAGUUAAGGAAGAAAAUGAAAGUCGAAUUUCUGAGCGCGCAAGAAGAUACAUGGCGAAUGCUAGUUCGUUUAAAAAAAUGUUAUCUUCGACACAAAAUCGGCUGGACGAAGCGUCUAGUAAAUGUGCAAAUGAACAUUUACCAAAGAUCACAAGUCUGGAAGAAGAAGUAAUUCAGAAAACUCUGCAAGUAAACGAGCUCGAGGGAAAGAUUUCUAAAAUACAAAACGAAUUAGCGAGAGACUACGAAUUGUUCCAGAAGAUACAUGAUUUUGAUAUUAUUGUAUACAGAUGUCAGAGAGAUAAGAACGAGCUACGCAGACAGUUGUAUGAAUGUUUCGAGACCCAAUUGACUCUCGAGGAUAAACUGAAGAAAUUGACAAUGAAGAUAGCAGAAAGAGAGAGCGAAGUUGUUUCGUUGAAGAGUGAAGUAUGCAAUAUAACAGAACUGAACGUGGCGAGCAACGAGAAAGCGAGAAAUCUGACAAAGCAAAUCACUGAAGCUGACGAAAAUAUCGAGUUGAUUAAAGAGGAUCUAUAUUGUUGUGAAGAUUUGCGUAAAAAUGUAGAAAACACCAUGGAAGAGAAAAUUCAUGAUUUUAGAUCUCGGUUAUCGGAUGAUAAAGAUAAUACAACAAUCCUAAACGAAAUUUGCAAGACAUAUAGCGACAGCCAGGACGAAAUAACUCGUUUAAAGAUGCAACUGAAUUCAAACAACGUGAAAAGAUCUUCGACCGAGAAUCAAAGACAGGCGGUAGAAAUCUUAAAGGACCACGAAGCUGAAAAUAGUUUCGCGAUCAGUUCUUGUUUCAUGCCUAAGCUUGCGGACAGCAGUGUAAAAUCAAACGUACCUUCCGUACAUGAAACUGAUAGUUCUGAAGCGGAGGAUAUUUUUAACAUGAUAGCGUCGGAUACCAAAGACAAGAGGAAAACACUAUGCUGGAUGAAAGUUAGAAAAAUCUCUGGUAAAACUACACUUUCGCAACUCUCCGCUAAAUAUACAGACAUUAAUAGCGAUUGA